AUGAGGCGGCCCACGUACGUCGCCGCGGCGCUGCUCCUCGCAGCUCUAUCGCCGUCUCUGGCGGCCGACGCUGACCCCGGAGCGUCACCGCCGCUGCCGUCGCCGACGGCGGCGACCAAGACCUCCACCACCACUGCCUCCGCGACCACGACCACGACCACCAGCGCGAGCGGCACGACCUCGGGCGGCGGCGCGUCCGUGACGCGCACGGCGCUGCACGUGUCGCGCAGCCUGGACCCGGCCGGCACGGAGACGCUGGCGGUGCGCACGCGCUCCGGCGACGUCGCGACGCUGCUGGUGAAGCGCCGCGGCGCCAAGGCGGCGACGCCGCCUCCGCCGCGCCCCGUCAGCGUCGCGUCGCCCGCCCUCACCGUCGCCGACGCCGGCGGCUCGGACCGCAGCGUCGCGGUCAGGGGCAAGCUGACGUUCGCCGACCCUCACCACCAGGCGUCGACGCUCGACGUCGUGCCGCGGCCCGUCAAGGUCGUCUUCGGCGAGCAGGCGUCGCCUUCGCCGUCGGCCAAAUCUCUGUUCCUCCAGCCCCAGGACUCCACUGACGGUUCGUACCGACUCAGUAAGUCUGUUAUUGGAAGAAAUACGUUUAGAAACAGGGAACGGGAGUGUUCCAGCGUGUCGAUCCGCGUGUCCCCGGUGGGCCUGGUCUUCAAGGACGACCCCCCGGCGGCGUCGACCGGCGGCCGGCAGGAGCGGCUGGUGUCGCAGCCCCUCGGGGUACCGGCGCCGGUCUUCGUGAGCUCCGGGAAGCUGCUGGUGGCCGGCGACGCCUCGGCCAGCAAGGACUCCUCCGAGGACUGGUGGCGCCGCCAGAAGAGCGUGCUCAAGGUGGGCGCCGACGGCAUCCCCGUGGUGCACGGCGUGCGCGUGCCCGACGACGAGUACGACCGCUUCCAGACGUGGCGCAACGCGCGCGUCGUCGACAACGUGCUCGUGCCCAACGUCUGGGACGCCGCCAACCCUGCAAGGUCGGUAUCGGCGGACCACUCUGGCUGGGAACCGGCCAGGCCAACCCCAGCACCGGAAGCUGCGGGCACCGCAGGGCAGGGAGACGACGGCUUCCAGCCCAUCCUGCAGCGCGUGGCGACGCUGGAGCGCGACCCGAACAGGGACCGCCUGCUGGACUACAUCAGCGCCGUCAACAGGAGGCACGCCUUCGGCAUCCACGCCAGGAGGUCUGACCCGGCCGCCACCCAGUACCAGCAGUUCAGGGCCAGGCUGCUCCACCACCCCGGCGCGCAGGUCUACCCCACGGCGGCACUGUACGCUGCAGCCCCACAGCAGAUCAAGCCGCCAAAGGUGCUGUCCUUCGAGGAAGGCGUGCGCCCGCCCGUACUGCACUACGCACACCCAGAACUCGGGGUGCAGCCGGCCAAAGUGGUCCGCAAGAAGGACGAGGACGGCGAGGACACGGAGGACGAGGGCUCGCUGAGUGACGUUGAGGUGGAGCGCGACGAGGACCUCGACCGCAGGAGGGCGACCCACCCCCAACCCCACGCCAGGAGGGGAGGCGGCCGGCAGGCAGACCGCGAGGACUCGGAGCGCACCGCUGGCAACUCCCUGGCGCUGUCCUACUUCGCCGACGACAUCCACAGCGACCGCAGCCCCUACGUCGGAGGCUUCGAGGUGGCCGACCCCGAGACGGUGGACAUCACCACGUCCAGGCCCGAGGAGCCCCGCGGCAAGGCAGCGCCGCCACAGCAGCAGCAGCAUCCACCCAAGGGCCGGCUGCAGGACCCGGACACCUACGGCCUCGCCAGCGACAAGUACGUCCGCCGCUUCCCGUACGGCGGCUACGUGGACGGCGGCGACAGCCUCCACCUGCACAGGUUCGCCCUGCACGGGAAGCCGGCCUACUACUACCCCGUCGUGCAGAGGGUCGAAGAGCGCCCCUUCUGGGAGAAGGUAGCUGAGGCCAUCAGGGAGAAGGUGCAGAUCGGGGUGGAGAGGAUGUCCGACCUGACGCGGCCAGUGAUGGAGCCGCUGGUGGAGGCGACGCACAAGAUCUCGCACAACCUGGGGCUCGGCGUCCAGGCCCCGGGCUCGGGCUCGGGCUUCCAGGACAAGAUGGGAGGCGUGGCGGCGGUGGCGGCGGCGCACCCGGCGCUGCUGCCCGCGCUGGGGCUGGUGGCCGGCGGGGCGGCGCUCGGCCUGGGGGCGGUCGCCGUCGGCCGCUUCCUCGACGUCGACCCCCUGCGCCGCAGCGGCGACGACGCCGGCGCCGACCUGCCGCUGGAGCACAAGCGCGCCCUGCAGGCCGUCGCGGAGUCGCUCGCGGACCCCCAGCAGCUGGUCGUCUACCGACCGGGCUCCGACGGCUCCGACCAGCGCCCGAAGAGGGCCUCCGGCGACCGCGACCGCGACGUCAUUCUGGUGCUCGAGGAGGCACCGGGUACACCAGUUAGGACCAAGAGGUCUACACCGGCACUGAGCGUCCCGAGCUUCAACUACGGGCUGUGGACGGGUGCGGCGGCAGCUGGUGGCGCUCCUGCGUUCGGCGGCGAGGACGCGCAGGAGAGGUUCCUGGAGGAGGCGUGGAGUGGCGCCAGCCGCGACCACAGCGCUGCCCAGCGGGUGGCUGGCGCCAGCGGACCGGCGGCGUGGGCGCACACGCCCUGCGCCAAGAGGCUCUUCUGCGAGGCGCUGCUGUCGCAGUCGCACGACGCCGCGCUCUUCAUGGAGAAGAGGAUGGCCGCCUUCCUCGCGCUGGUCCGUGGCGACGCUUCCGUGACGCACCACCUGAACGACGUGAUGUCGGCCGUGAGGAGGGGGGACUGCUCGGCAUUCUCCUGCUCGUCUCUGCCGGGACCGCGGUAGAUGGCGCCACCCAGCGACUUGUCGAGGCUGCAUUGAGGUGGCCACGAGAAGGCGGUGACGCGAGACGAUCGAGAAGGCGGCGGAGUGCUUCCACCGCCUGUGUCAGAGACGCUAAUAGCGACUGGCCAAUGGUGCACACUGUGUUGUGUUCUGAUAACCUAGCGAACUGGAGCCUCUCUACCGCGACUGAUGUUCGGUUGACUCUAACGCUCGCAACUGAGAAAUGCCCUGCACAAGGGAAGAGGAGAAUUUACUGUGACACGUACAGUAAGCACGAGCAGGUCCAUCCGUCCUUACUCAAAGCAAGAAAGUCCGUCCACUGCAUCACAUUCAGCAGAACUGUUCCUUGGGAGAAAUAAGGCUGUUUGCAGCUCGUAUUGUACGACACGAACCAGGAGACACGCAAACGCACUAAAAUAUUUUUACUGUUCUCUAAGAAGACUCUACCACGAUCAGGCUGCCUCGACAGAAAUCGAAUGGCAUUGACAGGUAUUUAUCGCUGGUCGCUGGCAACGUUAGCUAGCAGACGACUCAAUGUUUCAUGCGCCUACGUCAGUACAAAUAGAAAUGAAAAGCAUUAAAAUGUUAAAUGCAACAGAGUUCUGCAACAUCUUAUUUAUCGGCAUGUUUGUCGCAUUUAACAUUGUGUUGGAUGCAAGCUUACAAUAGUAGCAGCCAGAGAGCGCUCUACACCUGUCACUGUAUUUCGAUUUCUACCGUUUCAGACACUCGCCGAUAGUGCACGUACAGUAAUGAAUCUUCAACGCAACUAGCUUCCUAACGGAAUUUCCCAUGAGAAAGCCAAUCUCAGACGUGUUGUUAGAAUUCUUGUUCACGGACGGAUUCGCCAUUCGCCCUCAACAUCAUCUCAGACACAACAAAAGUCACUGUUGCGACAAGUGUAGACAACAUCCCAUC